AUGUGGAAAUGCUUAAGUAAUAGUCUUUCGGUGGCAGGCAACCUUGCCUAUAGACAUCUAUCAAGAGAAUCUACCUGCAUAAGAUGUCCGGAGAAUAAAGAAUCAGUGAAUCAUUUGCUUUUCAAAUGCACUUAUGCAAGAUUGAUAUGGGCACUGGCUUUGGUCCCGGGUCCUGCAGAUGGUGAAUGGACAGAAUCUUUAUAUACUAACUUGUAUUGGGUAUUGAAUCUAGCAGAGGAGAAUGGCAGGUUAGAGAAACAAGCGAUGAUUGUACCAUGGAUCCUUUGGAGACUAUGGAAGAAUAGAAAUGAGUUAGUAUUCAAGGGUAGGAAGUUCGAGGCUGAGGAGGUGACGCGAAGAGCUGUAGAGGAUAGCGAAGAAUGGAGAAAUAGGAAAGAGGGUACAGCUCUGCAAAUAACUCCUAGAGUUGAUAGAGGCGUAAGUGGGCAGUGGAGACCACCACCAAACCAAUGGCUAAAAUGUAAUACUGAUGCUUCUUGGCACCAUGAUCAUAAUAGGUGUGGCAUUGGCUGGGUGCUUCGAAAUGAGCAGGGAGAAGUGAUCUGGGUUGGAGCUCGAGCUUUACCUAAACCGAAGACUGCGAUGGAAGCAGAAGUGGAAGCAAUGAGAUGGGCACUACUUAUGGUAAGCCGGUUUCAGUAUAAAAAUAUCAUCUUCGAAUCAGAUGCUCAAGUGGUCAUAAACCUUCUGAAGAAUCGAGAAUACUAG